AGUAUGGAGGACGAUUUUACUUGUCAAGUCAAGAAGAUGGCCUUGGCCAUGGGUGCUUCCCUGACUGAUAAAGAUCUUGACCUGCUGCCUUCAGACAUGAGGCAUCACGCUUCAUUCAACUACGCCAAGUUCUUUGACUACAUGCAGAAGUUUCUGACAUCAGAUGAGCGGGAGAUACACUUGCGAAAGGCCUUCGAAGUGCUUGACAAGGAUGGCAGUGGCUUCAUUGAAUGGAAUGAAAUCAAGUACAUCUUGUCCACAGUACCCAGCAACAUGCCAGUGGUGCCCUUAUCAGACGAAGAGGCUGAAGCCAUCAUCCAAGCAGCUGACACAGAUGGGGACGGACGAAUCGAUUUUCAAGAAUUUUCCGAUAUGGUCACAAAAGAGAAGAUUCCAAAGAAGAAAUAA